ACACACAAAACCUUCAACACCAGUUGUUGGCCAAAAAUAAACCCCAUUCCUCAGCCAUAUAUGUCCACCAGCCCUGGCCCCAGAAGGAGGCAGGUCAGGCCCCCCAGGCUCGUCUCAGCACAGCAGGCACACACAGCUCCACUGUUGCUUCUCUUCCCUAACAAAGUGCUCUUGUUCCUGCCAUGCAUAUAACUCAGCUCAACCGGGAAUGUCUUUUACAUGUAUUUUCCUUCCUGGACAAGGACAGCAGGAAGAAUUUAGCAAAGACUUGCUCUCACUUGUGGGAUGUGUUUCUCGAUCCUUUGCUCUGGCCGCUGCUGCAUUUUAAUUCUCUCAUGGAACUGAAAAAAGAUAACUUCCUCUUGAGCCCUGCUUUAAGAUGCUUGUCCAUUUGCUGGCAUUCGAGCCAAGUAAAGGUAUGCAACGUUGAAGACUGGAUGAAAAAUGCCUUGCAGAAGGGUGUUUGCAGCACUCACGAGCACCUCGCCAGUGACUUUUUAGUGAAAGUUUGCAACAGGUGCCCCAACCUCCUGUCCUUGACACUCUCUGGCUGUGGCCACGUCACCGAUGAAUGCAUUGCGUCACUACUCCGGAGUUGCCCCAACCUCCAGACCCUCAAACUGGAAAACUGUGUUCGGAUCACCAACCGAACACUGGCUGCCGUGACCGCUCACGGGCACUCACUGAGGACCCUGCACGUUGAUUUCUGUCGCAACGUGAGCCAAGCGGGUCUGCGGCAGGUACGAGACCAGUGCCCAUGGUUAGUUGUGAAAGCGGAGAGAAGUGCAGACAUGAUCCCGGACAUGCUCCCUAAGGAAAAGCUCACCCACGACAGGGCAGGCAGGAAACUCUGACAACACCGGGCCGAAGACUGAACUACGCUUCCCCUGCAGGGCACCAGUUUUCUGAGCAGCGACCUCCAACCCUGGCUUCUGAGCUGAAAUGUUCUCAACGGCAGGUUUGAAGUCUGAAACGAGUUCUCAAGUUCCAGGCAAGUUUCCGCCAGAUUCAGCUGUGACAUUCAUAAUUUUCCACGUAGAAUAACCAGUGAGAAAAUGAUGCCAAAGAUGUAUCCCUUUGGCUGCUAUGGCUGGGGCCAGGAGUAGAUCCACCUGAACCUGGAUCGGAGAGCAGCUGAGGCAAAGUGGUGGAGAUGGUCCAUCCUCCCCUCCCCCCAAGAGGUGUUUAGUCCUUUUAAUCAACACCACCUCACACUAGUCGACAAGCUCUGUUUCCUUGGGCAAGCCCUAACCUCGUGGCCCUAAGUUCAUCUAAAAAGCAAGCAUUUUGAAUAGGGUGGUCUCUAAGGUUCCUUCCAACUAGAACAGUUCCUUCUGAACUGGCACCCUGAGAUUAAUUGUGUAUGAGGAUUGUGAAAGUGCUUUGCUUGACUGAUAAGUUAUACUCUUUAAUUUCUUUUCCAGAACAAUUCCAAGAUUCCAGAUGUGCAUGGCAUUUUAAAAUUUGCAAAGAGUUUGACACAUUAUUUCGUUUGAACCUUGCAACAGUCCUAUGAGGUAAAGAGGUGUCAUUAUCCCCUUUUACAGAGGAAGCAACUGAAGCAGAGUUUAGAGUGACUUGUCCAUGAGGUAGGAGGAGCAGGUUAUAUAAAAGCCUUUUCAGAGAUAAGAGAACUGACCCAGAGUGAAGUCCCAAAGCUUUUACCACAUUUUGGUGAGGUUGGAAUUGUAAUACAUGUUUCCUGACUUUAGUCGAGUACUAACACUAUCCAUAAUCCUCACGAUCAUCCCACAAUUAUUUCUUAAAAUUGCCCCAGGUCUCAAUCCAUUAACAGAACCCAUCCCCACCCGCUGCCUGGGAAGAUGAUGGUGGCAUGUAUCUGGCUUUCAGGGAUCUUGGACACACAACAAAAUGCUUCACUCCAAGAGAAACUCUAAGCGGCCCUGCCAACUCCGAAACCCAAAGCCACCGGUUGCCCAGGGUGCCCUUCACUGGCCAUCAGCAGAAAUUCCUGUUCAUCCCUUCAAAGGCUGGGGUGGGGGGAAGAGAUUUAUACCUCAGAGCUUUACAGAUUUCCCAUUAUUGCUUGUAACCUGUGUCCCUCCAGCUCUGCUGGAUCACACCAUAGUAGCAGAAUACUAUUAGGCAAUCAGCAGGAAUCCAGCACCAGGCCAGCUAAAAGAGAUUUUAAAAUGGCUGCUAUGGUUACGGAUUCAGAAACUCUGCCUGACCCCCUGAAAAAUGUAAACUCUUUUUUUUUAAGUUUCAAAAGUCUGCAUAUGCUUCUUUUUUACUCUUUACAAAUGACUGAUCCAGGAAUCAGUUCACAAGCUCCGUGGGG